AUGUCGACUUUGCCAGUCGAUGAGGUCACCCGCUGCCGCAUCCUCAAGGCCAAUCACCUCGCUUGCACCGUCCUCGCAGCGGAAAGCGAUACCAACCCCUCGUCCUUUGAUCGGUUCGAGACUGAAUUCAAGGCCAUCGUGGAUCUUGCCGAGGCGAUUCUACGAUCUCGACACGAACAGGGCAUUGCGGCCGCCAGCGACAGCAGCGCUGCCAAUGGCGCGCUCGAUGUUCGAGACCCUCUCCGCGUCGUCGGCGCCCGAUGCACCAACGCGACUAUUCGAGGCAAGGCUUUGCAAUUGCUGAGCAUCGUCAGUGCCCGCUGA